CCGAGCCGAGGCCGAGACGUCACAAUGGAAGCUCCGCACAAUGGAACGUUUGGGGAGAGAGAGAGAGAGGGAGAGAAAGAGAGAGCAGGAAGCGGCGACCGGCGCGCGAGGGGACGGGGGGACAAGGGGACAGGGCAAAGGGGGCACCACCGGGGACCCUGCCGCUGGGGCAAGGGGGACAGGGCACCGGGCAUCCUGCACCGGGAAAGGGGCAUCCUGCACCCGGAAAGGGGUACCGGACACCGGGCAUCACGCUCCGGGUACCGGGCGUCCUGCACCGGAAAAGGGGUACCGGGAACGGCGCGUCCUACACCGGGAAAGGGGUACCGGGAACGGGGCAUCCUGCACCGGGAAAGGGGCACCGGAACAGGGUACCGGGCAUCCUACACCGGGGAAGGGGUACCGAGCACCAGGCAUCCUCCACAGGGCACCGGGCACCGGGCAUCCCGCGCUAGGCAUCGAGUCCCGGGGGCCGGACGUGCAUCAGGCAUCCUGCGCCGGGCAUUCUGCGCUGGGCGCUGGGCACCGGGAACCCUGUUAAGGGCACCGGGCAUCUUGCACCGGAUACCGGGCACACUGCACCGGGCCGGGGGUCUCCCCCCUAGCACUGACACUCCCUCACCGAGAGAUGCCGGACCCCCACGAAGGGCAGGUGGCGGCGGCUCCGGCCCCUCCCUGCCCGGAUCGUUCCCCCCGGGGAAGGAGCGAGGGCGCGGGGACAGCCCGCCCCCGCCGUGCCUGACCCUGCGGCCGCCCCCGGGGCUGCUCAGAGCCAGGCUCUUACCGGGAGGGGUUUUUUUCCCCGACUGGAGACCAGGAGCGCGGGGGAACCGGCCACAAACCCCAUCCCGCAACCCGGGAUGGGAGAGAAACGGGAUGGCAGCUGUGCGUGGAAAACCACAGCGCCAGGCAGUGGAGUUUGGUGGCAAGGAGAGGGUCAGCGGGGGGGCUGCAGAAGCCUCCAUCUCCUCGCUGUGGUGGCAGUGGUGACAGAAGGGAUGGCUCUGCCCCGAGCCGCCCCCUCCCCAUGCCCCGACUCCCGUGGAGAGCAGCGCUUGGAAUACUUUAAAAACAGCCCAGAGGUCUUUCCUGU